AUGCACUAAGAAUUAAACUGUCCUCGUUGUGAGAUUGCAUUUGACAUCUAUGAUCGGACACCAUAGAUGCUACCAAAAUGUGGUCAUUCCAUGUGCAUGCAGUGUCUUCGUGAACAAACCAAAAUAAUCUGUCCUGAAGACGGAAUUGUCUAGCCACAAGAUCUGAAUCUCUACCCAGUCAAUCAAGCCAUUUUGAAAAUAAUCAAUAAGUCUAGUCUCAAGAACUCACAAAUCGAUUCUACCGAGUUGGGUGAAACUGUGAGACUCUCCAAAUGCGAGAAUUUCUUUGAAAUCAUGGAAUCUACAUCUCUCUGCAAAGAACACAACAAGAAGAUCGAAUUAGUGUGUCUGGAAGAUCACAAUAAAAUCUGUGUCAAUUGUGCUUUGUUUGGUGGUCAUAAGCAUCACAAUGUGAGAAACAUAGAUGAAGUCAUUUCAGAAAUCCAGCAUUCCCUCGAAGAAACUGUAGAUCUGAUGCAACAAAUACAAUCCAAAAUUAAAUCCCUCAAAUAACCAAUUAUCAAUAAAAAGAUACGCGACUAAAUACGAGUUUGUAUAAAGCAACAACAAUCUCUAGCAGAAGAAUAAUUCAAAGAAAUGAUAACUCAAUUAAUGAUGAAAUAGCGAAAAGUAGUCGAAGAGAUUGAGCAAAAGUACAAAUAAGUCGAAGAUCAACUAAUAAAACGAGAACAACAGUAUGUCAAUCAAGUAGUCGAAAAAGCAGACUUAUGGAUGUUAGCGUAAUUCCUCCUCUUUAUAGUGCAUAGUUCUCAAGAACGGAUCAAUUAGUUCGCCUCCUUAACUGAAAAAGGGGAAAUCGCCUUCUUUCUACUCCAGAAAGACACCUCUAAUACUCAGGCCAAAUAAAUUAUAGAAGAAUUGGAGGAUUUCAUGAAGAAGUUUCAAACCAGAUUGUAAGAGGUUACUCAAGGUUAAAUUACUCCUUAGGUGCACUUAAGCAAAGAAUUAAUGGGGAAUUUUGAAUACAAUUAUCCUCAAGUUCAAUAAUCAUUUUUUGACGAUCCAAAUAUCUUGAGAGAUGUUUCAAUGAUUGAUCAAAGUUUUUUAAAGGACAUUGAUGACAAACCUCCUCAUAAUGAAUUUUUGACUCAUAAUUUAUUAAACCCUCAACCUUUUAUAUCAAUCUCAAUCCGCUCUCCAAUCAUAACCUUCAUCCAACAACAUUUCAUAACAUACCAUAAGUCCUAAUCAUGA